ACGCAAACAGAAUCGCUGUACAUAAAGUGGUUAUCCUCUUACAGCAUCUUCAAAUCAAACACUGAAGCAGCUCGAAAAACGACGCAAAUUAGAAGCCAUGUCCGCUCCGCCUAAAUUUCCCGGCACCGGACUGGAGGAAGUGAACGUACCAGGACAGGCGUACCUGCGGGAGGCGCUUUCCUGCUGCGACGACCCUUUGAAAGCUAUCGAAAACUUUCAACUGGAAAAUGGAAUCCUACUGCCAUCCCUACGGCCAAUGCUUCCGCUGCUAGAUUUGCACGGCGUCCGGCGAUUAGACUUCCACACUUCUGUGCUGGAGGAGUUACGGGACAAGCUCAUUGCCCACAUCAAUGAAGUAGGAGCUAAGGAAGGACGCGAAAGGGACCGCAAGCUAAAGGAGUUGCUGGUAAAAAGUUUCCCUGUGGUCCGCGUCAAAGCACUCCGUCCAGUGGUGAUGUGCAUUCUGCGAAAUACACCCCAUAUCGACGAUAAGUAUCUGCGUAUUUUGGUACGCGACCGAGAACUCUACCAGGAUACGGACACGGAAGUAAAACGACAAAUCUGGCGCGAUAAUCAAUCUCUCUUUGGCGAUGAGGUAUCACCACUGCUGUCGCAGUACAUUCGAGAGAAGGAGCAUAUUCUUUUCGAUCAUCUCAAUCUUACAAACUUGUUUUUUACGCCCACUCCAAAAGUGCGACGACAGGGAGAGGUAGUUCAAAAGCUGGCGCACAUGAUCGGAAAUAGCGUCAAGCUAUACGAUAUGGUCCUUCAGUUUCUGCGAACGCUGUUUCUACGCACAAGAAAUGUCCACUACUGUACGCUUCGGGCGGAAUUGCUAAUGGCACUCCAUGAUCUCGAAGUACAAGACAUUAUCUCAGUAGACCCUUGCCACAAGUUCACCUGGUGCCUGGACGCGUGCAUUCGUGAGAAAAACGUUGACAUUAAGCGUUCUCGGGAACUGCAAGGAUUUCUGGAUAAUAUCAAACGAGGCCAGGAGCAGGUAUUGGGUGAUUUAUCGAUGACGCUCUGCGAUCCGUACGCCAUUAACUUUCUCGCCACAUCGGCCAUCAAGAUCCUGCAGCAUUUGAUCAAUAUUGAAGGGUUAUCGCGUGAAAAUACGAUACUUAUUCUUUUGCUUCGCAUGCUUGCGCUAGGCCUAUCCGCCUGGAUUAUGAUAGACUCGCAGGAUUUCAAGGAGCCGAAGCUCGACAGCCAGGUGGUAACAAAAUUUCUUCCAGCUUUGAUGUCUCUCAUGGUGGACGAUCAGGUACGAAAUCUGCAUUCAAAGCUUCCGCCCGAUGAGCGAGAAAGUGCCAUUACUACGAUCGAACACUCGGGUCCCGCUCCGGAUGCGGUGGAGGCGUACAUUCAAGAGAGUUCCGUCGCAUCCAUUCUCGCCAUGUAUUACACGCUGCAUACCGCAAGACAAAAGGAUCGAGUUGGAAUCUUGCGCGUGAUGGCAAUUCUUUCGUCCUGUAAGGACGAUCGUGCAUAUGAGGAUCCCUUUUUGCACUCGCUCAUCGCACUCAUUAUUCCGAUGUCGGACGAAUUUGCAAACGAAGACUUUUGUACUGGCCUUUUUGACGAGUUUCUCUUUGCUGGGUUAACCCGAGACAAUGUAACGCGCCACAUGUUGAAGCUGCUGUGGUAUAUACAUCAGAAGCUUCCACAAGCCCGCCUGAUGACGUUGAUGAAAGCACUUCAACCAACCGCUCAGCACCAUGAAAGUGUACACAAACUGUACGAAAAUCUUCAGAAACGUGUUGGUGCUUUGCAUCAAGAACCACAGCCAGAACCGAUGGAGACGGACUUUGACUCACCGUUGAAGAAUGUGCCAACGCCAGGCCCACACUAUGUUAGCUAAGUUCUUCCAUUUUCUCUGCGAAUAUUAAAGUAACAUGUCAAAACAUACAAAUAAAUUGCCUAUGAAUGAAGGGAACUUAUGGUAGGAUUGUUUCGAUUCACAUUGAAUGGUUUAUUUAUUUCUGUUGGUAUUGUUUCCUCUUCGGCGAUGUACACUAUUGCUGGUAAAAAUUAUUCCCUCGUCACAAUUAGCAGUUUAGUGUAACUUUUC